GUUGAGUUAAAAUUGAGAAUGGAGUAUAGAUUGCGUUUUUCUUUUCUUGUUAUACAAAUGGAGUUAAAAAUGAUUGGGUACCUUUGAAAAUCUCUAUUAUUCAUUCUAAUUCUCCGUGAUGCAAUGGAAAUUGCUCUAUUGGGAGCUUAAAUCCUGAAGGGGUCGAAAUUUGGCGCAUGAAUUUCGUGCUUUAAGUGAGUCUAUUGAAGAUGAUUCCAGUUGGUGGAAUCACCUGCUGCCUGGGCGCGGCCGCGCUUUAUCUUUUCGGCAGGAGCAGCGGAAGGGAUGCUGAAGCUUUGAAGUCCGUAACUCGAGUGAAUCAGUUGAAAGACUUGCCUCAAUUAUUGGAUAAUGCAAGCAAAAUGUUGCCUUUGGUUGUCGUAUCUGGGAAGGUCGGCUCAGAUACUCCAAUUAGCUGCGAACACAGUAGUCUACAGGGCGUAAUUAUGGAGCAAACGUCUGAACAGUACUUUCUGAAACACAAUGAUGCUGGAUCUUGGAUACAAGAUUCAGCUUUGAUGCUCUCUAAGUGCAAAGAAGUCCCCUGGUACCUUGAUGAUGGUACUGCUCGUGUGCAUGUUGUUGGAGCACGUGAUGCCACAGGUUUGGUUUUAACAGUAGGAAGUGAAGUAUUUGAAGAGUCUGGACGAUCUUUAGUGCGUGGGACCUUAGAUUACCUCCAAGGACUAAAGAUGCUUGGAGUCAAGACGACUGAACGGGUUCUUCCAACUAGAGCAUCUUUGACGGUUGUUGGUGAGGCUGUUAAAGAUGGCACCGGUCCCAUCCGAAUCCAACGACCGCAUAAAGGACCGUUUUAUGUCACCGACAAAACUAUCGAUCAGCUGAUUGCAAAUCUUGGGAAAUGGUCAAGAUUGUACAAGUAUGCCUCGGUGGGGCUUACGGUUCUUGGAUUUUAUCUGCUGGCCAAGCAUGCCAUUAAGUAUAUUAUGGAGAGAAGGCGCUACCGGGAAAUUAGAAAGAGGGUUCUUGCUGCUGCAGCUGCUAAAAGAGCUGGGCAAGAUGAAGGAGAUCCAGACAAUGAAGCUGAGAGUGGACUAGAUAGUACCAGUAAAGAUCGGAAGAUGCCCGAUUUGUGUGUGAUAUGCUUGGAGCAAGAAUACAAUUCUGUUUUUGUCCCGUGUGGUCAUAUGUGCUGCUGUAUGGUUUGCUCGUCUCACUUGACCGACUGCCCAUUAUGCCGAACAAGGAUUUGUCAAGUCGUGAGGACCUACAGGCACUGAAUUCUCCCGAGCUAAAGUGUGGGUCCCGUAUAAAACUGAGAUACCAUGUUUUUCCGGGCCUCGAUUCACACACUGCCUUUGUGUAAUAUGUGAAAAAUGCCGAGCAGUGGAACAGAUGCUCGUUUCGUAUGAGCAUUUCUGGUUCGGAGUUUUUUUUUUUAUAAUUUAUUUAUGUUGAUGAUUUACGGCCUGGAUUUAUUUGUCGACACUACGCGAACUUCCUCUUCUGAUUGUAAAUAGCUGUUCGUAAAGAAGUUUAAACAUCUUUGUGAACUGUAAAAUCCUUCGAUGCAUGUGUUUUGUAGUUUAAUGUUCGGCGUUUAAUUAUUAGGCGAAUCAACAAGUGAUUAGGAUUAGGACUAUUCGAUUACUUGAAAUCCGAGCAUGGAUCGAGCGUCGUUUAAUUAUUCUAGUCGCGACUCGCAAGCUCUUGAACUUCGGAUUCUCGAAAAUCUGAUUUUUGAGUUUUCGUUUUCCGAUGCAAUUGUGUUUAAGGAUUAAUUGUGUCUACAUGUUAUGUAUUGC